AUGGAAGAGAUGGUGGAUGGACCCCAUUAUCGACCAUUGUUGGCAGCAGUAUUCAAGGGUGACUGGGAAUAUGCUAGCAAAUUUUUUGACCGAGAACCUGCUUCAUUGACGGCUAGAAUAACAAGCAGAUUCGAAACAGUGCUUCACAUAGCCACUUUGAGUGCGCAAGACCAAUUUGUUGAGAAACUGCUUGAACGCUUGAGUCCAGAUGCUCUUUUAAUGGUUGAUUCUGAUGGCUGCACGGCCCUCCACAAUGCUGUCCAUUGUGGAAGGAUAAAGAUGGUCAAGGCAUUAGUUAGAAGGGAUCGUAGAUUGACGCAGCGUCCAGAUUAUAAAGGACGUGUUCCUUUGAUAAUAUCUACUCUGAAAGCUUCUACGCAUAAGGAGAUUGCCUGGUUCUUGGCGAGAACAACAACAGACGAAGGGCCAAGUCAUCCCUUCGGCAGUCCCUCUGCGAUUAAUCCCAUUAUAAAUCUCACCUACGCUGGUCAUCAUGGUAUUUCGGUGGACUUGGACUAUGGACAGGAGGAUGAAAAUUUAAGAAAUAUGCAAAGACCUACAAAUCCAGUUCCUCCAAUCAAGAGGAUUCACGAGGUAAAGCUGAGAUAUGUGGCGGCAGUCGAGUUGGCAAAAAAAGUUUGCGAGGCGAUCUCUGAUAUGAAAACUACUGAGAUCACUGAGUUUUUCCUAGAGAGGAACUUGUUGUUUCACGCUACAGUCAAGGGAAACAGCGAACUCGUGAAGAUAUGUAUUCAGUUUUUCCCGGAGCUUAUUAGGAUUUCGCCUAAUGGUGACAGUUUGAUGACACUAGCUGUGAAGAACCGCCAAGAAAGGAUUCUCUCACUCUUUUUGAAGGGAAGCUCAAAACAUGAGUUGUCAUUAGUGCCAGCCCCAACACCGGAAGAAGCAGAAAAGAUGAUGCUCGCAGCUGCAAAGUACGACUCUAAUUUGGAGGCUUUAAAUUAUUUCUCUGGAGCAGCUUUCGAAAUACAAAGAGAACUCCAGUGGUUUAGAGCUGUGGAAAAGUGGCUUUUCCCUGACAUGAGAACCUUCAAACACGAGGGGAAAUCAUAUUGGCGUAUAUUCACGGAGGAGCACCGAGAAUUGCUUGUGAAAGGAGGGGAGUGGGUGAGGAACACAGCUCAAUCAUGUAUGAUCGUCUCAACUCUAAUUGCUACAAUAUUAUUUGGUGCUUCUUUCAAUGUGCCUAAAAGUAUUAGCAGCAUUGCUGGAGAUCCACCGUUGCUCACAAGGAAGGCUCUCAUCGUUUUCGAAAUUUUGGAUGGUUUAAGUUUGUUGUUUUCCGUGUUGGCCAUCUUGAUAUUCUUAGCCAUCUUAACUUCGCGGUACAAGGCGAACGAUUUUCUUCGCUCUUUGCCUACUAAGAUCAUGAUGGGCCUUUCUUGUCUCUUCCUCUCUUUGGCUUGCAUGCUGGUGGCUUUCGUUGCAGCUUACACUAUCGUGCAGCAAAAGAGAGCAGAGUGGGUUUACAUGACCAUUGCUUCGCUGUCAUUAGGCCCUCUUCUCUUAUUCUUAAUACUCCAGAUGCCCCUGCUAUGGAAAAUGGGUAAAUCCACUUAUGGACGUGGCAUCUUUCGUCCUAGGAACAUUUGGAAGUGA